UAAGCAGACGACGUCUACGACUCGUCGACGAGACGUUGCAAAGUUGUGAGCUGAUUUAUAAAAUCAGUUUUCUUGACGGCUUCAGGCAGCCUGACACCAUGAAGCCAGAGGGCGCCUCAUAUUUGCCACAUGUGUGUGGAAUCAUGCUGUGCUGGAUGGCAAUAAUGAUCCUGUGCGGUCCUGUGAUUGCCGGCCUCACCUGGCCAGAUGCCACCCUUAGCUACACGACCGAGGCUGGCCAGUCCAUUGUUGUGCUGGACGAGAUCAUCCCCGAGACAAUGGCAGCGGCCCUCCGCAACUACGUGCUGCGGUUUUCGCGCUGGAAACUGCGGGGUGCCCCGGAAACGAGGACGUACCAAACCACAGCUCAGGGGUGUACUCCUAACGACACCAGCCCUUGGACUGCGCAGCUGUCGUCCAGAUUCCACAAAAAUGCUUGUUUCCUGAAGGAUGUCGUACAUGUAAGUUCACCCAAACUGGAGAACUUCAUCCCGUGCGGCGUUCAAGCAGAGAUACUGAGACGAGGCGACUCGACAGAAGUCUCAUGCGGACAGGGUCAGGAUACUGACUAUUCAUGGAGGGUUUUCCUAACUCCGGAUUGGCAGAUUAACGACUAUGGAGAUUUGAUAUUUUACAGCAGAAAUGACGUCGGCAGUGAGAACCAAGAUGCCAUGUUGACCGUGACCCCCAGGAUGGGUAGAAUUGUCCUGUGGGAUUCGUCUUUGCUUACCCUGUACCACCCUCCAUCCAUGGGGUACAUCCAGGGACUCCUUUCCAUUUCUGGUAAACUGAAAUGUAAGGAUUCAGCUCACCACCGGGCAAAGCAGGAUAAGUUCGUGGACACAGAGCCAACACCACAGCCAUCAUUUUCGUCGGCAUUGGCCCAAUCCGGAGAAGUGCUGGAUUUUGCAGAAAAGCAAGUUCAGAAGUUCUACGACAGCAGGGGAAAGACAAUUGCCGUGUAUGACAAUUUAUUUUCGGCCAUCGAUUUAGAACAGCUGCAGCAAGAUUUAGCCGCCCAAGGGGAAACGGGUUACUUGGCGUACGACCUGCAGCAAGACGAAGAUGUGGAUAAUGCCCAGUGGGUUAAGAGUUUCAAUGUUGACAAGUUUGUAACGUCGGCUGUGUGGAAGAGAAUGUCUGAUGUCACGAGGCAUGCUAGCGGUAACAGAACAACGUGGCACCCUUAUGACGUUUCUCUGAAUAUCGUGAGAUCUGCCGACCACACCAGGAUACAUCAGGACUGUGACGAGUGGGAGGACGAAUACACUCUGGUUCUUUACCUGAAUCCGGACUGGCACCCGGAAUUCUACGGAGAGACCGUGUUCUUUGAAGCUGUACCAGGCAGCCAACUGUCACGGCAACUGUACGGACUGAACGGUGAAACAGAGUACCAGCCGUUUGCAUCUGUGCUUCCUAAAUAUGGGCGGCUUGCUGUGUUCCAAGGUAUCAUACCGCACUCUGCCAGACCUCCAGGCAGUCUUUUCACCGGCGCUCGUUACACGUUCGCAGUCAAAGUAUCCCUCACCAGGAAAAUUGCUCUGGCCAAGCGAUUACAGGAGACCCUGGAGGACGGCUUUGAAGAACUCGCCGGCGACGAGCAGCAACUACUGGAGGAUCUGAUCUCCGGGGACUACAACCGGGAGCUGUCCUUCAGGUCAGAGGAGUGGCUGGAAAAGAGGCUACACGAGACUCUGCAGAAGGCUGCGGAGGUCAAACAGAAUGACAAGAGCCAGUUGGAAAGUGCCAUAUUCACAUGCGAAUGAUUGCGCCAGAUUACAUUUUUUCAGCCUCCUGCAGAGGGCAUGAUUCUUGGCUGAAGAAAGACCCGACUUGCGAAAAUGUUUGGAUGCUGUUGCCAACUUUUCAAACACGGCCAGAUAUGCCAGAAAUGCUGACUUGUAAGAUUCAUUUGAUCAAUAUUUGUGUACACAGCAAGUUUAACAUGUGACACUUGGGAUGCCACCAGGAAGCGAUAUUUGCUGCGUAAGGCGGCCCUGCACAGCAGCAAGUUUAAAUGCUGCACAUGGUCCGCCGCCUCAAAUUUCUCCGAUGAUUUUCUUGCAUAUGUACAAAGCAAAUAGAGGAUUAGACACAUCUGCUGGCAGUUGCUUCAUGGUUAAAUCUGUCAGUUGUCCUUACAAACUCAGUUUGUCAUAUCAAUUUUUCACAUCCCCGGUGCCAGGAGAGUAGUGAUGGGGGAGGGGGGGGAAAUGCCUUCGCCGCGCCACUGCUGGGGGGUGUGUCAACAGGGCAAGAACUUUGUUCUUGAAGUGGUAAUGCAGUUUCUCCUUUACAAAAUCAACUUGUCUACGGGAACAUUUCAAUGGACAUCAAGGGGCAUUAAGGCAUUAAGCCUUUUGCGAGUUAAAUUUGAAUAACAUCUGGUACACUGAGUUCUUUAAAUUCACG